UUUCAAUCCAGGUUCUCGUUACUUGGAUACUGUACUAUUUAUCCUGUAAAAACGCAGCGACUGGUCACGUGUGAAGGGGAAGGAAAACUCUGCAAGUGUAAUUUACGACGAGGCAAACAGAAUGUUUUCAUCAGUUAAUUGAACCACUGUAUGUCUAAACGUGUUUAGAAGUCUCGUAUUUUGUUCCUCGUUCUAGUUAGAAAAAUCAUAAGAUUUCUAUAGUUUCUGGAGCCUAGCUUAUUUAAAACCGAAAUGGGUUCAAAAAACACAGAAGUGGAGAACGAGCUAUCCAUGCCAUUACGUUAUGGGUAUGGUCUGUUAUUGUUUAUCUCCGAAGUGCUGCUCUUUGGCUGUCUUGGUCUCUGUAUCUUCUGGAUCAUUUAUUAUGGCGGCGGUGUAGCCUGGACCAAUGAUACCUCCAAGCAGUUUAACCUGCAUUAUGUUCUAAUGAUUGGAGGGUUUAUUUUCAUGAACGGACAAUCAAUUCUGGUGUAUAGAAACUUCUUCUGUUGGAAGAAAAUGUAUAACAAGGUGAUACAUACUAUCUUCUUCGUAUUGGAAAUCUCAGCCAUCACUAUUGGUCUGAUGUCAGCCAUUCGGGCCCAUAACAACAGUUCAGAUCCUAAACAUUUUUACAGUCUUCAUUCUUGGAUUGGACUGGGUACUUUAGGUCUAUUUUCUUUUCAGUUUGUCGUUGGUUUUAUCGUACUUUUGGUCUUUUUGGCUUGUGACGCCACAACAACCAAGUUUCGUCACCAACUGGAACCGACUCAUAGAACGUUUGGAUUAAUUAUCUUCAGCAUGGCAGUCGCAACAUGUGUUACAGGUCUAAUUCAAUCUGCUCGUCACAGACUCAGGCUUGCAUCAAGUUUGGUAUCCGUAACUGAAGAAAUCAAUAUUUGUGAACACAGUAAACACACUGAUGCAAACAUCGGAAAAACAACCUCAAAUGCCUCUGUACCCGAUUGUGACAUGACUGAUAUUCCUAAGUGUUGGUCCUGUGAUCAGUUUAAAGAAAAAAUGCGUGAAUAUGAUUGGCUUUACACAAAACAAGUUUACAGUAUAUGCAAAGCUGAACGUGAAUUUACUGACUUGCUCGAUGGAAUUGACAUGGGACGUGUUUUACACAGUGACCAUUCUUGUGCAGACAUUAGUGUACAUAUUGCUAAUGCUAUGAAAGAGAUAUUAGUGACUGAAAUAGUAAGCUAA